AUGGCUGGCGCAUGGAAGAAGCACAGCGUGCCUGCGCUGGGGUGGUGGCUCAUUGCUGUCGGCACCUUCCGCUCCGCCUUCACCUGGUCCUGCUUCUUCGGCGGCUCUGCGUCGCUCUGCUCGGCAACCUACUCUGAGACACACAUAAUACGCUUAAUUGUUGCGGUGUGGACUCUGCUGUCGUUCACGCUCUGCUUCCUAUGCGCCUUCAACCUCGGCAGCAAGCCGGUCUACGCAGCCACGUUCCUGUCCUUCGUCUAUGCCAUCGGCUACCUUGCCGUCGAGUGCCUGGUGUACGACACCAUCCGGGUAGCUAGUCUCGUCAUGUUCAUCCUCGUCGCAGGUACAAACUAAAAUUUGCGUCUAGUAUCAUCCUGCAG